AGUGGUGGUAAGCUCCAUGGAGGAUGAUACGCCAAUCGAGUAUUAUCCUCGAUUUUACUAAGCAUCAAUCGAUAUUAUCUUCGAUUUUAAUCCCGGUAUUAACUUUAGUGCGCCGAUUUCGGGGUACUAAAGAAAAUCCGAGAUUAACGAAAAUGUGGCUACGUGCUGGAUUUUGAACACACGCACACCAAUGUAGCCAUGAAAACGUCAAAAGGGAAAAAAACAAAACAAAACAAACCAACCAUCGGAGUUUUAAAUCUCUUCGUUGUUAUGUUUCUGGGUCUAUUUCGCAGUUCAAAGAGGGAAAUUAUGGACAUCCGUUUAAACCGGAACGUCGAAUGGAGGUUUUGCCGGCAGCGAACGGAAUUGAUGUCAUACAAGGAACAAACAAUCAAAGUCAAGCUGGACCGAAGUCGGCUUCGUGCAGCCAAGUAUGCCAUAAAAUAUCUGCGAAAGGACCGCGAUGUGUUUGAGACGGCCCGCGCUGUCCAGAAGGCCGGCAACAUUUAUAUCCCCGGUCCGGAAGAUGCUACAACUGCCCCUACUUACAUCCAGUUGAACAAAGCCACCAAGAACAAGCUGCGCAUUGUCGAGCCAUAGUCAACUACGGAUAUUCCUGACGCUGAAAUAGGUCCACCACCUGAUCAACAAGUCAUCAAGUAUCGACUACUGAUGGAGCGUAAGUUGCAUACCGGCUACUACAGUAUUGAACAAUACAUUUGAUACUAUUUUGAUUUUCCAUACAAAAUGGUCAAAUU